CUAACGAAGGAAAGGUAUACGCAUCUUCUUCUGUGCUUUAGGAAAUCGUGUAAGGGCGGAGAGCCGUUGAGAAUGUCUCGGACUUUGGACGUUUUGGCUGGAGCGAGCCAGCUUGCUCCUCUUGACCCUCUGUGGUUUGUUGAGAAUCAGUUAGGUCUCCCGCUCCGAGUGGACAACACAGACGCAGCGGAAUUCGCCACGUCGGUUGUGUUCAUCUUCAGAAUAGCCAUUCAGCUGAGCCAGGUGUUUGCUGCGCGUGAGGCAGAAGCGAAAGGCAGGAGCCUCGCCGAGGACCAGAUGACCAUCUACCAGCAGCUGCAGUCGUCCCUCUCUGCCGUGGGCGUGGACGGGCGUUCCUGCCUCCUCAGGUUCAUCUGCGAGGCCCAGCACCGCCGCAUCCAGCGCCUCAACCUGCUCGGACAGAUGCUGGCGACGCUGCUCACCCCGAAAGAAGACGACUUCCUCUCGUCAUACGUGGAAGCUGCGGCGGCGGGUCGCGAGGGGUCGUGCCUGGAGAACUACUCAGAAUGCCCCGUGUCCCUCUUCACCCUCAUGGACUACGCCGCCCCUUCGUCCAAGUCUCCGAAGGGCAAGAGGAGGAGGAACAAACUCCCUGGUGAGGGAAAGACGUCGAGAUCCUCACGAACGAUGUCGGCGGGAGAGACUGAGGACAUGGCGGAGACUGUCGAGGUCGAGGAGUAGGGUCGAGAAGACAGUUUACCAGAGUUACCCCUCGAAUCCUUUUUUUUUUUUCUCUGUUGCCAGUUCUUGUAUUUAUAUAUUGUCGUUAUUUAUUUAUUUAUUUCGUAUUGUAGAGUUUUCUGUAUCUUCCCUUCAAGAUUUUUUCUUUCUUUGUUCACACUUUUCGUUUCACCUAUCCUUGUUAUGGUGACUUUCGAAUACUUUGCCUAUACGACAUUCACGCAGACUCAUAAAACUCUCAGAUCUAAUGACAUGUAAUUAAGUACAGAAUAUCUCGUAGACAUUUAGUAACUGACUGAUACUUUUUUCCACAAAGACUCAUUUGCUCAAGUAAGACUUGGUCGCUCUAAAAGACUUGUUGUUUUUUUCACAAAGGUUUGUUUGCUCAAUAGGAUACGUGUGCUUUAGAGUACUCACAGACGAGGUUUCCGGAAAAGACUCAGUAUUAAUUUACACUCGUUCACUGAUAGACUUGGAUACUGAUUAGGUACACACGCAGAUAUUCAUGUCGACAUACGCAGUUAUCCGAAUUCAAUGCCACAUCUUUAGACACAUUAAUUUCCAUACAUACAUUCACUCUCAUACUUACAUAUUUAUGUGUUCAUUCGCGAACUUUCAUAUUUCAAAACUUUGUUAUUCACAAAAGCUCACUCCAUACUCACACUGACCCUUAUAUUUUCGGAUAUAUUUGCUUACCGAUGAAGACUCUUGUUUGAUGACAUACUUAUAUACUCCUGGGCAUACUUUUCACACGGACUAUCAUACUUAUAACGGCAUAAUUACAAUGACUUGAGACGUUAUUCACAUAUUAGAUGACAUUUCUAUGAUUGAUUAUGCUAAACAUGAUGAUCAUUUACAUAUGACAAAUUUGUAUUACUUACAAAGGAUAUUUUGCAUAUGUUAUUAUGAUAAUUUAUGCAGGACAUUACUGUUUUUUACAUAUAUAUUUAUAAAUACAGACUACAACAAAUAUUAUUUUCAAUAAUAUUCUGUAACUAUUUCUUAUUUGUGUGUUGGGUAAUUUAUUCUUUUUUUUUAUUUUUUUUUUAAAUAUAAAGAAUAGUUGCAUGUAUCAGAAAAGUGCCAUUAAUGUCUUAUGUAUCAACUGUUGUGAUUGACAUGAUCUUUCUGUACAUAGAGCACUGUCUGGCAUAUUCCAUUUUUGAAAAUGUGAAUCAUGUUGGCGAAAAUUUGCACAAUUAUUUACAUUACUAUUUUACUGAGUUAUUAUCACUGACAUCAAUUGUAUUUCGCAGAUGUCACCGUUAUGGUUAUUAAGUGCUAUCGUGGCCCUAUGAAAUGUGUUGUUAUCUG